AUGGCGGAGCAAAUGGAGCACUGGAGUAAAACUUCAACAAUUGAACCUCAGCCUGUGGGGAGGCACAAGAAACAAAAUCGAGGCUCUGAAAGUAGUCUUCGACUUUAUGGAGACUACCGUCCUCCCUGCAAGUUGUUGAACGUGUUCCCUGUCAGUAGACCUUCCCCUGGAACUUCCAAGAGGCGCUCGAGUGCCGAAGAAAAUCAUGCAAGAAGUUUCUCCCGUGGAGAAGUUUCUAAAAGCACAAAAAUGUGUUCUGCUCAUCAAGAUGGUGCACAUACUGAACAUUGUAAAGGAGAAAGUGGCUUGAAACCCAACAAUUUUAUUGAAGGGAAAAUGCAUGAUGGUGAUAAAAAUGAAAGGAUGGUCAGACAAAAGAGAGAUAAUGCUGCUUUCCAGAGAGCUUCAACAUCAGGGGAGAGUUUAGAGGACAGUGUGAAGGUGACACCGGCUCAGGGUAGGGUGAAGAGAUUGCUCAGUAGUUUUCGUGAGCAGUGCAAUAUGCUACAGAAUGAAGACAAAAAGAAGAGAGGAAUUAGAAGGGUUGACCUCGAAGCAGCAAAAUGGAUUAAAGAAAGAUAUUCUCCUCCAGCAAAAGCUGUCUUAGGACCAAUUCCUGGGGUUGAGGUUGGUGAUCGAUUUAUUUACCGGAUGGAACUUCAUCUUAUAGGUUUGCAUCGACCUCUGCGAGGGGGUAUAGAUUUUACGGUGGACAACGGAGGAAGAAAGAUUGCAGUGAGUGUAGUUGAUUCUGGAGGUUAUGAUAACCUUAGAAAGAACCAGGAGACAUUGAUCUACUGCGGGCAAGGGGGGAAUGCAUGUAAGUGGAAUAGAAAUCAAGGAGAAGCAGAAGAUCAGAAGCCAGAGCUGGGAAAUCUAGCUCUAAUGAAUAGUGCUGAAACUAAAAAUCAUAUAAGGGUGAUUCGGGAAACCAACUUAUCGAGGUCGACUUCCUUCUUUUAUGACGGACUGUACACCGUUGCAAAAAUGUGGAAAGAGAAUGAUUCCAGGGGAAGCUUGAUUUUCAAGUUCAAAUUAGUAAGAGUGCCAGGACAACCAAGUCCUUUUCCUCUGAAAAAUCUCUGA